ACCAAACCCUCUUCUACUCUAUUCUGUGUCUUUGUUUUUUUUCUUCUGCCAACAUGGCCGAGUCAGAGUCUUUGAACGACGCCGUCUUUUGGUUACCUUCUAAGUUUGAAGAUGUACUUAUCGUGGAUAAGGAAAACUCCCCCGUUGUGAAGAACGGUUAUGUGAAGAGUGUUGAUGAGUUGAAGAAGCCCAGUACUCUCAGCUUCCCUACUGAGUUUCCUUACGAGUUUGACUCGCUCGAUUCAGCCCUUAGUUCUCCGGUGGUGUCAGUGCAAGGUUCGACUGAGACGGAGAACACCAGCGACGAGGAGGACUUCCUUGCUGGGUUAACUCGCCGUCUCACUCACUCCUCAACUCAGAAACUCGCUGUUCCUGGUCUCACUAAAGACAAACUCGAGAGCUGGGUUAUGGCCGGGUCACCCGAGUCGACACUGAGUGGAAUAGGGAGCUGGUCAGUGUCAAGCAACGGCAGCCCAAACGGUUCCUCUCUUGUAUCGUCUCCUCCAACGACGCCGUUUGGUGAUCAAAACGACACGUGGGACCUUAUCUCUGCCGCUGCAGGUCAAGUCGCGAGGUUGAAGAUGAGUAACGAAGGCUUCAAAUGCAACGACAUCAACAAAAGCCAUGGCCGAGGCCUUAUUGCUCCUCCCAAGACUACUCCAAGCCCCGUGCAUGUUGUCAAGAAUCCCAAAUUUGGCUUAUAUUUAAACCAAUCUGUUAAUUACGGCCCUGCUCAAACAAAUCAGUAUCAGAUGCUAAGGCCUCAAAACGGUGUGAUGCGGGGAAGGCAGCAACAAGUGAGGUCAACGUGGUCAACUCAGCCACAGCCGCAACCGCAACAGAUCCAGACUAAAGCUAGAAGUGUGGUUUAUGAAAAUGCGAGACGUGGGCGUACGCUUGGGAUUUCUCAAGCUGCAUGGCCGCCCCUUCAAGUUCAGCAACAACAUCAACAACAACACUCUGCUUCAGGCGCGAAAGGUGUGUUUCCUGGUGGAUCUGGUGGCGUUAAAAGAGAAUGUGCUGGUACUGGUGUGUUCUUGCCACGGAGAUAUGGGAAUAAUCCUCCUGAUUCUCGUAAAAAAUCAGGUUGUUCAACUGUUCUAGUUCCAGCUAAGGUUGUUCAGGCUUUGAAUCUGAGCUUUGACGAAAUAAAUGGGAAUAAUGCUCAUGCUCAGCACCGAUUCAACACAGCUUUUGGUCCACACUAUGAUGCUUUAAUGGCGAGAAGGACUGCGCUUUUGACACUUCAAAAGCAACGAGGUUUAAGACCUGAAGCUGCUCCACUAAAUCAUGAAAUACAUCUUCCCCAGGAGUGGACAUAUUGAAGAAUAAGAAGAAGAAGAAGAAAACAUUUAGUCGCAGAUUUGAUCUCAUUUUGUUGGAAAAGAUUUUUUAAAAAAAAAAAAGGAAAAAUGAAGUAUAAAGGCAGUAAUUUCUGAUGGAGAAAUAUGGGGUUUGGUUUUCUUAAGGUAAGAAAUUAAGAAUGCGAGUGUAGUUAGUAGAACAAUAAUUAAUUAAAUUUUCCUGGUGGUUUUUCAGGAGGUUGCAGGUUUUGUUGAGUAGAUUUUAGAUGAAUUAAGAACAAAUUAUAGGAGGAAGAAGGGAAGAGGGUUUUUAGUUUUUACUUAGUUUUUUAUUUUUUGGGUGUAAUAAGUGGAUUUCCAUCUUCUGGGUUUGAUGUAUUUGGGCUUUGAUAUGUCGUUAAUUUAUUUUUUGAUAAAUGUUGUCUGGUUGUAGAAGAGGAAUCCACAACCCUCUCUGUUGUAAUAGCCCUUGGCAGAUAUAAUUUUAAUAAGAAAUAUUUAUUAUUUUAUUUAUCAGAA